GAAGCCAUUUGCACAGAAAUAUUUACUCCGGCAACAUAUGAAGAAGCAUAUUGAGCUAAAUAUAGCAACAUCUCAACCGUGACUAGCUACGCCUCCAACC